AGGCGGUGACCUUCUGGACGGCGCAAGCGUGCGGAGCGGUGCAUUUCGGGACUCGUAGUUUUCCCGGCGGGAUUGUGGGAGUCGUGGUUUGUCAGCACCCGGCCAGGAGGCUCGCCCGCCCGCGUUGAGUUAACGCCCAGCUCCUUGGACCUGGCCUUCCAGCUGCCGCUCAUGCCUGUGUCUACGGGUCGCAUUGGUCAGAAGUGAGCUCACCGCUGGGUGACCAUGAACUGGAAGGUUCUUGAACACGUGCCCCUGCUGCUGUAUAUAUUGGCAGCAAAAACUCUGAUCCUCUGCCUGGCCUUUGCCGGAGUGAAAAUGUACCAAAGGAAAAGUCUGGAAGCCAAACUGCAAGCCGAGAAGAAGCAGCGAUCAGAGAAGAAAGAGAACUGAAGAAACGUCAGAGAUUUUUCUAUUUAAAUGUCUGUUUGGGUGGACUCCAGCUGAGAAGAGGGAAGAAAGAUCUAGCGACUACCGGAUGCCAGGGGAUACACUUCCAGCUGAGACCUUUAACUUAAAUGAUUAACAGCGUGAAUUUUUUUUUUUACGUUUUUAGAAGAACCAGUAUUUUGUUACUGAAAUAAAAUACGUU